AGGAACAAGGUAUUGUGGAAGCGCCACGACUGUCGUAUAUCUAUGUACCAGUAGACGUGCAGAAUGCGUGGAGCUUCAUGAAAAGGCUGGGGGAACUUCCCGAAGAUGAGGAGUUCACCCUCGAUGGAGUGGCACAACUUCACGGGAUUCAAAAUUGGCAUGAGCUGCGGCACCUUCCCGACAGCGUCAGAAGCAUCAGCUUUCAUGAUAACUUUGAUGAAGUCAUCGAGAGAGCGAGGCUGCCAAGCAGUUUGCAGUCCCUCAGAUUUGGUGCAGGCUUCAACCAGAGCUUGGAGCUUGUGAAGUGGCCCAGCCUGAAGAGCUUGACCUUUGGUUCCGCUUUCAAUCUGAGCUUGGAACAUGUGAAUUUACCGGACACUCUGCAGGACUUAACGUUCGGUGCGCAGUUCAACCAGCCUUUGACUGAAGUGAAACUACCUGAUGGCCUUAGGAGUUUGGUGUUGGGCACCCAUUUCAAUCAAAGUUUGCAAGGAGUAACUUGGCCAAGCCAAUUGAGAGCGCUCGUCUUUGGUUUUUCAUUCCAGUCCAGCUUGGAAGGAAUAAUCUUUCCCCGCAGCUUGGAGCUACUGACCUUUGGCCAUGCUUUCGACUGCACUUUGGAGCGAGUUGAGCUGCCAAGCAGCCUCCAAAGCCUUGUGCUGGGUGCUGACUUUGAUAAGAGCCUGGACCAUGUAAAGUUGCCAGAGAACCUCAAGAGUUUGACACUUGGGCGUAGCUUCAACCUGAGUCUGGAGCGAGUGGUUUUGCCUCGUAGCCUCCAGAGUCUGAGCUUUGGUGCCAAGUUCAACCAGAGUUUGGAGCAAGUCGAUCUUCCUGACGGCCUCCAAUGUUUGACCUUAGGAGCUUCUUUCAAUCAGAGUUUCGAUCGAGUGACUUUACCAAGUCAACUCCAACAGCUGGCCUUUGGCAAUAACUUUGACCAGUCUUUGGAGCACGUGACGUUGCCUGGCAGCCUUGGAAGCCUGACGUUGGGCCGUAUCUAUAAACUGAGUCUAGCAGCAGUGAAUCUUCCCAAUAGCCUGAAGACGAUGAUCUUGGGACCCAUCUACAACAAGAGCCUGCAGCGAGUUUGUUGGCCAAGUAACCUCCAGACUUUGACUUUCAGCGAUGAAUUCAACCAACCCUUGGAGGGAGUGAUUCUGCCAGAUAGCUUGAUUUCCUUGACCUUUGGCAAAAGCUUCAAUCAGGCUUUGACCCACUUGACUUUUCCCAGCCUCCAGAAGCUCAUCUUGGGCGAGUCUUUUAAUCAGACUCUGGAAGGGGUGAACUUUCCAGAAGAGCUCGAGUCAUUGACCUUCGGUGGAAGAUUCAAUCGUUUCAACCAGACGUUGGAUCGUGUGACUUGGCCAAGUCACCUCAAGAACCUGAGCUUUGGUUUAGCCUUUAACCAAAGCUUAAACCAUGCGUCCUUGCCUCCAUGCCUUGAAGCCUUGAGCUUUGGUAGCAGUUUCAACCAGAGUCUUCAGCUGGUGACUUUGCCACCAUCUCUGCGGACUUUGACGUUUGGCUUCAAGUUCAACCAGAGAGUGGGGCCUUGGAAUUUGCCGAACCUCGAAGAGUUGCACUUCGGAGAGGACUUCGCCCAGAGCUUGGCGGAUCUUCAGCUUCCCAAGCUCAGGAGCAGUGGCUACAGCAUAAACAAUUGACCCGGAGACGAAGCUUCAAGAUGUGCUCAAUGGCUCUGCAAAACACAUAACUGUACCGUGUAAGACAUACCUCAGCCUUAGUUCAUGUUCUGUCCCCACCUCCAUUGCUACCCACCUCCAUUGCUAUUUGCGUCUCUCGUCUCGAUGGACGAGCAGAGCGUCACACCGGAGCCACAGGACCUUGCGAUUCCACAAGCGUUAUCGAGGCACUGCGCCCUUCGCGACCAGCUUCCCAGCCUUGCAGACCUUGGAACUUCAGGAUCUCACUGUGGACGCAAGAGAGCCAUGCGAGCCGUGCUAGCCAUGCGAGCUGUGAAGAUCAAAAAGAGUCCGGUUCCGGACGUUCGCGGAACCCUCCGUGGUACCUGCAUUGGGCGAAGUCAGCGAGGCCUCCGAUUUGCUGGGGG